UGGCGAAGAAUGUUCGAUCGAACAUUGGAAAACCCAAAAUUACCAGCGUGUUUCCGAUCAUUAAUAUAUUUUAAUGAUGCAUGUACCGCACGCACGUUUCAAACAUCGAGAAGGUACAAUAUUGUACGUACAAUAACAGUAUCAGUUUCUCGCUCGUGAAUUAUCCUUAACAGGCAUUUUGAGAGAAACAGCUUUCGCAUUGAUCCCUGCGUUUGAGUAUUUUUGCGCAAAACUGAUAGCAACUGUGAAAGUUCUUGAUUGCUCAUAGCAAAAUCUAAUGAACUGACGUUGCCGGCCUGCGACACGUCAUUGAAUUUUCCGUGAAGCUGACAAUAGUAUCGAAUAAGUGUCGAUAUAAUAUCGCACGCUGAAUGACAGAGUAUCCGUUUGCGGGGAGGUUUCCUUCCGUGCUCGUUACAUGGCGUUUCUUUCUUCUUUUUUUUUCAUCGCGGGCAGAAAUGGAACGAAACGGCAGAACGGAUGCUCCGCAUCUAAUGAGCUCCUCGUUGCUAUCAGAUGAGUGCGGAUGAGUAUACCUGUUCAGUCUCACGCCGUCGUCGAGUAGCGACAUUCUUGAGCGCGCGCACUGCUGUUGUCAAGAGAAACCGACGACUGCACGUCAUAUUUUGUCCCACGUAAAAAUACACGUUACGUCGCCGACGUUUCUGUCUAAUUGCAACUGAAGCUUGAUUUACGAAUGUUUUUGGAACCGUCAGAUUUGUACGAGUCAAUUUUAAUUGGCGCUAUGAUACAUAAUACCGCCUUACAAACAACACCAGAAGAAGCAACGUCUUAGAUUAAACGGUGUCUCAGAUUAUUAUGACGUUCAUUACAUUUUCUUGCAUUGAUCGAUACACAGACCGUCCCAUUUUGCGUGUGCGUGUGUGUCAUUGUUACAAAUUCCCUUUAUGUGUGCUUCAUAUUGAAUUUACGUUUCGAACUGAGCGCAUAGUACGCGCUACGUAUGUGACAGCUUUCUGUCUAUAUCGCUUGAAGUUUCGCUCGCUUCUGCUUGAAUAGGCAACGAUCGAGCGGAUCCGUGAAAGGCAAAUACACAAAAUAUAGGUUACAUAUCGCUCCGUUGCGCUUUUAUGCUCUUCGAACAUGAGGUCGCAAAUAUCGAGCCCUUUUUUAAGACACGGGCAUCUGCCCAUACGGGAGGUGAAUUGUUAUCGACGUCUCUUCCAGUUUGCGUUUCCUUCGAGCUCCUCGUCGAAUCUUUUUUUCAGGAUGAUUGCUCGUACGUUUGGCAAGUUCCCGCCGCGGAACGUUGCGAGUGGGUGAGGAACACCGAAGACUGCUAUUCAGACUCGGUGAUUCAGUACACAGUACUGUUAUUCUGCUACUUCAGAUCCGAAGACGUGGUGCUGUUUGCUAGCGGUUUGGCCCUCGUGCUCUUCUGGCUACUCUACUUGUUCUUGAUUUUAGGCACCACAGCGGAUAAUUUUGAUAAACGAAGUUUUUGCCCAGCAUUGGCAGUAAUGGCCAGUGUAAUGCAUCUAUCGGAUAGCAUAGCAGGAGUGACGAUAUUGGCAUUCGGAAACGGCGCGCCUGACAUCUUCACGUCCCUUGUGUCGAGAGGCGACGAAGCGAUAAUAAUGUUCACCGAAUUAAUCGGCGCAGGUGUCUUCGUGACCUCGAUGAUUGCCGGCUCCGUCGCGAUAACUAAGCCCUUUAAAGUUUCCCUGAGGUCCCUCAUGAGGGACGCCUGUUUUUAUAUCAUUUCCGUAUGCUGGAUAAACUACGUAGUGUGGGACGAGAUGGUUUACCUCUGGGAGGCCAUAAGCUUUAUUCUGGUCUACAUACUGUUCAUUAUGGCGGUUGUGAUAAUGCAGGUGUACGACACCAGAGAGGAGACUCUGAAAAUCAGGAUCCCAAGUGUGCCCGAUCCAGACGUCCUGCAUACUUACUUGGCGAACAGAGACACAGGCGCCAUUCCCAAGAUUCCCGCUAGAAGCCGACCUUUUGGCUUACAUGCCAAGCUAGAUAUCGCAAUCGCCGCGGAGCUGCAGAGAGCCAAGAUACGGGGUGCUUCCGUCCAGUUAAGUCCGGAAAUUAGUGAGUACGUUUCCGACCGUCCGAAAGAACUUUUCAGAGAAUUUUUGUACGAUAUCAAUCCGAUCAGCGAAGAAGAUUGGAAGAAAUCAAGUAAAUUGUUUAAGCUCGUCCUGAUUGCGCGCUCACCAGCCAUGUUACUGCUACAGCUGUUUAUACCGGUUGUGAAUCCUACCGUCGAGAAACAAGGCUGGUCGAAACUAUUAAAUUGUUUCCAGUUAUGCGUGACACCUACGAUAGCGCUAUUUCUAUUAAAUGUUUGGCAAACGACUUUUGGCAAUUUGCCGGUAAUGCCGAUAUUCCUCGUUGCCGGUACCGUAAUUGGCGUAAUUGUAUUUCUAACGACGCACGUGGAUCGUGUACCAAAGUUCCAUAAUGUCUUCGCCUUUUUGGGAUUUUUGGCUGCUAUGUUGACGGUUUAUCUGGUGGCUGGGGAGGUCAUGGCGGUACUCCAAUGCAUAGGAUACGCGUGCAGUAUAUCUGACGCUAUGCUAGGCAUCACUUUUCUUGCGUGGGGAAACAGCAUCGGAGAUCUCAUAUCCAAUGUCGCUAUCGCCAGACGGGGAUUUCCACGCAUGGGAUAUGCGGCUUGCUUCGGCGGGCCAAUGUUCAACACUCUAUUGGGACUCGGGCUGACCUACGGCAUCGCCGCCGCCACUGACCCUGAACAGCAGACGAGGAUCAGGAUCAGCGAUAUGGCACCCGGCUGCCUAGCUUUUCUCCUGUGUUCGCUAGUGGUCACCGUAAUUUACCUGAACAUCACCGGGGGUACCGUGCGUCGCUCUUACGGCGGUCUCUUAUACUCAAUCUACUUUGCUUUCAUUCUCAUACAAUUUUUAAGCGAAUUGCACGUUAUACAUCCGCUCGGCACUGAUCACAGACCCGACGUAUAAAGGCUAGAGUGCUGUCUACGGUAUUUAACGUAUUGUUGUUACACCGCUGUGUACAGAUGCAAAGUAAUACUUUAAUUAUUUGAGAAUCAUCCCCUGCUCUCCUCUAUUUUCGCGACGUUAGUGCUGCGAGAUAAGGCGAAGGAGUGAAGAGCAAAAAGUAUGGCGGAGCGUUUCGCUCUCAUGAAUUAUGUUAAAUGAGUCAAGAUUAUACGGAUACAGGCAGAGAUGCAUUUUUAACAUGGGGCGGAAGGCGAGCUUCGUAGGAAAACGUUUGGGCACCGGAUAUAUACGCGGAGGAAAAGACGGGCAGGCGAGCGACGUCAGGUCGUUUUUAGACAUUUCCCCGGAGAGAACGAGGUGUCCCGUUUCCGACCGAGACCGGUUAGUAUGGCCACCAUAACGCCGAAACGGAAACCACAAGUCAUGAGGCGGUUAGGAGUCUUGGUACGCGUCAGUUUUAAAUUUUACAUUGCGCCGUACAUCAUGGUAACCUCGAGUGCUACACAGACCCUCGUAAUUGAAUCCGUUAUUAGGCGAGGGACACGGUAGCUACGUGCAAACAUUUCUUACACAACGUUUCUCAUUUUCUUUCAAACGCAAUAAAAGAAGGCGAGCGUUAUUUUUAUCCUUUUAUAUCUGCCUGCUCUUAUACGCGUACACCCGUUUAAUCGAUCACGUAGGAUGCCCCACUUAUGCAUUGUCUUGAAAUAACUUCUCUUUGACAAAUUUAUAGCCGAUUAUCCUCCCACGGAAAUAUAUCGAGUCAUGGUUCCCUUCGACGUAAUUAACAAUUUCAUUUAAACAGCUUGUGGUUAACUAAGCUUCUCAGAACAGAGAGUAGACGGCGAAACUGUAUUCUUUAACUCAUUUUGUGCAGAAUUUAUUCUAAUAAGAUUUCCAACAGGACUUUUAAAGCACGGUAGAAAAAAAGAAUAGAAACAUAUGUUGAAUUUAAAAUCUAAAUCGAAAAUUAUGCGGACACAAUCCAAAUUUAACAAAAAAAAAAUUAGUUUUCAACACAGAACAGUUUUCUAUUCGUAAAAUAUGU